AUGGUAUUUAAAUCCAAAAGUGAUUAUAUCUUUGGAGCAUACUCUCCUUGUAAAUGGGAAUCAACUAGUAGUUAUAAAUAUGUAGAAGAUAAUACAUUAUCAUCUUUUAUAUUUUCAUAAACUCAUGAUUAAGUUUAUCCUUUGAAUUAAGAUUAAAAAUAAUAUGCUAUUUAUUGUUAUUCAAAAUAUUAUGGACCUGUAUUUGGAUAAGGAUGUGAUAUUUAUAUAAAUAAUAAUUUUACUGAUGGAUAUUCUAGAUUAGGUCAUUCAUAUUAAUUUAGUUAAUACAAGAAUUUAAAUGAUGAUCCAUAUUUAUUUGGAUAAAAUAAGCCAGAAAUAAAAGAAUCAUUUGAUUUAGACAUCUUAAAAAUUAUUGUUGUUUAAUAAAAUGAUUAUAAUAAAAAACUUAAUGAUAUCACAAGAAUAACAAUUUCUUUAUGUAUUAAUUAUUAGAUGGACUAACAUACUACAUAUUUAUAGGUUUUAUUUUUUAUAUCAUUAAAAUAAAAAAACUUAGUAAUGAAAACAUUAAUUAGAUGA